AUGACAGGUGUAAUGCCUGUGGUGGACCUGCAGGGGUCGCUGGGCUGUUUAUAUCUGACCGUAGCUGCGAUUACUUCACAGCGAAUUGCCGGUGCCGGAGGCGAGAGCGUGAAACAGCAGCAGGGUCCACGUGGAAAUUUGCCUGAUAUUCGGCUCAACAUUCAAAGACCGAUUCUAGCAGACCAGACUAAUGUGCUGACAAGCGGUAGUUUUGUACCUAUCGAGGCCAAUGUCAUUCAGCGAACCCCCGGACCAAAUCGACUGUCCAAGAAGAAUUUGAAAAGAUCGGCGGGGGUAGUGGUGGCUAUACCCUGUUCACCACUGGCCAUAGAACAGCUACAAAUUCCUUAUAAAAAGGCUCGCAAGGAUGCCACACAUAAUGGUUUAACUCCGGAGAAUAUUACCCAGGUUAUACAGGCAGUCAUAAAUCCGCAAAUUGCGCCACAUGGAGCGGCAUGGACUGAUCCCAAACACCGGGUGAUCGGGGACGUGGAGGUGUAUGUGCAUGAGUCGCCUACAGAGACCGUCACUGUGCAACCGGAUGGGACUAUACAGCACGCCCAUGGAGAUCCCCAGUGUGCGCCACCACCAGAGCUGACCGCCGACGAUUGGGCUGGUCUUGACGACAUCUCGUCCUGGACUUCAUCGCUGUUGGAACAUAUCGACUUCACUCCUGCGCAGUGGAUCGACUCUCCAGCUACAUCCGUAGAGGCUACCACCAGUGCAGAGCCUGUACAACACCAUCAGCCUGCAGAUCCUGCAUCUGGACCCCUACAAGCCGUUCAAGACCCUAUGAGCGACCCCCCGUGCACCGUGAGUCCCAUCGCUCAUGAGAAACAGCUGCGUCGCUACUGUGUCAACGAUGUGAUGAUCCUGUACACAGCGUGUGGGAUCUACAGGGAAAAUUUCAUAGAGUGUGCCAAUAUAGACCCCCUGGCCUAUGCCACCCUGGCUUCGAACCCUGUCCUCAAGAAGACCUAUGGCGAAUUGUGGGUGCAGUUUCACCUCAAAGUCAAGGCUCUCAAAAGAGAUCAUGAUUUAAGAGAUGUGGUCAUGUGGGAGUGUGUCAUGGGAAGCUGA